CGUCGCAUGAUGAUUUAUACCGACUGAUACUUACAGAGAAAAAAAGGACUUCACAACUCAAAAAUGGCGGAAACCAAAGGUUCCGAACUCAAGUCUAUGUUUUCGAGUGCUCGUAUGCAAGAAAUGAAGCAAAACUUUGAUAAGUACGCGAAAGGCAAGUCGAUAAAAUGCGAAGACUUCGGAAAUGUGAUGAAAGAGUGUGGGGAAGAUGUUGCACCGUAUCAGUUGAGGAAAAUCAUUUCUGAAGUGCAAAACGAAAAGGAAGGGAUGAUCUCCUUUGACGAAUUCACCGACAUGUUUUCAAAGAUGUCUUCAAAAGCGGUUGGGGGUCGCUACAAACAUGCUAUCGAUAGCAAGAAAGGCGUUCAAAAAGUGGAAGGGGAUUCGUCAGCUUCCGCUGAAGGGACAAGACACUCGUUUUCCGAUGACGAGCAGAUUGGAUUUAGUGAUUGGAUUAACUCUGUUUUGGAGGAUGAUCCAGAUCUGAAAGGUAAAGCAAAAAUUACUUGACAGAUAAAACUUAGUUUUUUUUCUUUCCUUUCCUUAAUUCUUUUACCUCGAAGUUUUUAAAAGAAAACAAAAUAUGAAAUAACUUAAUGGAAUGGCGGUAAUAAAAAACCUGUCUAUUUGUUCAGCGGAAAUGUGCCCUUGGGAUAUGUCGUCUCGACCACUUCUCUACAACAAAAUAUAUCUGAUCUUUCUUCUGCAGCUAAUUCAUAUGAAGUUAAUCCUCGCAAUGCUUGACUGCAGAAAUUGUCACAGAAAAUGUUCGCCGAAUUUAACACCUCGAGACUGGAAAUAAUCUUGCAGUUGUAAACAAAAUUGUAGGAUUCAUAUUAUAUAAUAAAUAUGAAAAAGUGCCAAUCUAAUCGAACUUUGAAAAUUCUAAUUAAAUCCUUUAAUUAGAGACUUGAGAUUAAGAUUUUCUUCAUCAUCAUAAAUAUUAAUGUUAUCAUAAUAAAGUUGGAUGACGGAAGUCAAUAUUAACUAUUUGGUUGUUGCUCUUGUAGGAAAAUACCUUCCAAUCAAGGAAGAGGAAAAGGAUGCUCUAUUCAAAGCCAUGGAAGAUGGUAUUCUUCUAUGUAAAUUGAUAAACUGGGCUGUUCCUGGAACGGUUGAUGAACGAGCCAUCAACAAAAAGAAACUAAACGUGUAUAAUAUCCAUGAAAAUCAAACACUGGUCCUGAAUUCAGCUAUGGCUAUUGGAUGUAACAUUGUGAACAUCGGAGCGCAGGAUCUGAUUGAAGGCAAACCUCAUCUCGUUCUUGGUUUGCUAUGGCAAGUUAUCAGGGUAAGUGAAUCAACUAGCUGUAGUCUGAGUGAAAUACUAAGACUCACAUCAUCACACUUUCGUAUAGCAAACGUUUCCACCCGAGGUCUUUAAAAAGGUCGGCUAGGUGUCUUACACGGAUCCACCACUUUGUUUCCAAGUGUUUCAGAGCAAGUUGGGCUGAAAAACGCCGGUCUUAAGAGACGAUCUAUGAGUUUCACUAAAUCUUUACCGUUUCAUUCUGCAUUGGCAGAUAACUUCGCAAUAUUUAAACUUUUAGAUUGGCCUGUUCGCGCAACUAACAAUCCAGAGGUGUCCAGGACUUGUGCGUUUGCUUGAAGAAGACGAGACUAUCGAGCAACUUUUACGUCUACCCCCGGAAUCAAUCCUACUUCGCUGGUUUAACUACCAACUUCAAGAGGCCGGCCAUGUUCGGCGGGUGGCUAACUUUUCAUCUGAUAUACAAGAUGCUGAGAAUUAUAGCGUGCUACUACACCAGGUAAAACAUACGGUAGUUUUAAUUCCUCUACUUAGUUCGCAAAAAAAAAUAAUAAUAAUCUGAAAGUACUUAUAAUUGAAAUCCACUCCAUUUUCUCGACGUAACCGGGAGCUUUUCGCGCGGCUGUAUCUCUUACUUUCCGCUGUACGAACCACAAACUCAGGAAAAACGCAUCAAAGAAACCGCCAUCUACGCAGGCUAUCAUUGGCUGAGCCAAGCACGCUGUUAAUAUACCUUAAUGUGUGUAUCGCUCUAAAAAGUCUUUGCUUAGGAUCGCUUUUCUUGGGAAAAAACGAGGCUCCAAGAUAGUCGUGCAGUCGUGCCCUAAAAAGUGAUGCGCAAAACGCGCGGGGCACUUGGCUUGUUUUAUUUUUUCGACGUCCCUACUAUCUGAGAGCCUGGCUCAGGCUAGGAAAAACGGCAAAUGGCGAGUGAAACGGCGCGUGCGCAGAGCGCGAGGAGACAGCCUUAGAUUCACCUUAAAGAUAACAGCCUUAGACAGCCAGGGCGCAAUGGGCCAUGUUCACACGGUAGCCAUAUUGUCCCGAGAGAAUAGCCUGCGUAGCAGGCGUUUUGAAGUAGUGGGUGAAAGAGAGAACAGGCACGCGCGAGGGACGGUCACGCGAGUGUCUCCUUCUCGCGCGCCCGUUUUUUCUUGUGCCCACUACCUUCAAGCGCUUGCUACGCAGGCUACCCAAGAGACUAAAAAAGCUUUGUCUUACCACCCUCGACCUCGCAGUGAAAAACUUGGGAGCGAUGCUAGACAGGUAAAACAAAGCUACUUUAGUCUCUCGGGACAAAAUGGCCGCCGUGUGACAUAGGCCCAUAAAUUGCAAAAGUUGACCCACCGUAGUCCCGGACUAGAGGCAAAGUUGUCAAUGGAGACUAGAGGGAGCGAACAAGCAGGGAAGGAUCUAGGGGGUAGGGUUUCCUUCUCUCCCCUACUUAGGUUGUUAAUUCAUUUGCUAGCAAUAUGCGUCAAUCACGUGGGGCUGUUAGCUGUUUACAUUCCUUAAGUAGCUCUUUUGUUAUUUCAAUCUCUGUCAACAGAUCGCUCCUGCCGGUCUUGGGGUUGACCAGCCACACCUGAACGAAUCUGACCCCACCAAACUUGCAGAGCUCGUCCUGGAAAACGCCAAGAAGAUGAAAUGCCGCAAGUUCGUCCGCGUGAAGGAUAUCAUCAAAGGUAACGCUAAGCUGAAUCUCGCUUUCUUGUGCAACCUUUUCCACAACUUUCCCGCGCUGGAACCAGCUGAGGAGGAGUUGCCCAACCUCGAGGAAACACGCGAGGAAAAAACGUUCCGCAACUGGAUGAACAGCAUGGGAGUCAAGCCUUUUGUACACAACCUCUUUUUGGAUCUUGAUGAUGGCUCUGUUCUACUACAGCUGUUUGACCUGGUAAAGUAUAAAGCCUAACAGUUUUCUGGAGGGGUUCAACUCCAAAAAACAACACAAAUUUUCGAAACUAUUAUACUUCUUACCGAUCAUCAAUGAGGAAAGGGAUCAUAUAUACUAACCCCACCCCUGGCUAUACUCCAUUAUUUAACUCAUCUCACAUUUCAGUUAAGGGCAACAAAUGUUACCCGUAAUAAGCAUACCCACCUACACCCAAGGCUGAUACCCUCCUCUUAUACUCUUCAUCAGUUUAUUUUACAUAAUCUUCGAUUAACGUGAGGGUACUUAACUCUUAACCAUGUUUCAGAACGAAACGUGUCAGAAACUUUACCCCUAUAAUAUAAAACUGAACUUAGAGGAGUAAAUACAGACUGUACGGUAGCUGGGAAUGGUGCUUUUGGGGUAUUAACAGAGUGAAUAACGAUAAAUGGUUGGCCAUCCAUAGCUGCCAGGGGAGGAUUCAGGAAUUUUUUUUGACAGGGGGGCUACAAACGUCUGCACACUGUAGCUACUGUUUAACGCUAGUAACUCGCCCCUUGUUCCUGUCCAUUAGUUUCUGGUAAGCUUUCGUAGACCCUUUGAUCUGCUACUGGCACGAGUUGCAUCUAAAACUUGUAUGCGUGGUCAAUGCCAUCAAUCCCCAUAAAUUUACCUUUAGAACAAAAGACAAUACCUAUCAGGUUGUAUUGUUUACUAACGCAGAUAAAAAAUGGACUGGUGGAUUGGACCAAGGUGAACAGACCACCUUAUAAGAAGAUCAGCGAGAAAAUGAAGAAACUCGAAAACUGCAACUACGCUAUUGAAGUUGCCAAAGCGCUCGAUUUUUCAGUGGUUGGAAUAGGCGGCCAGGACUUACUAGACGGGAAUAAGAAGCUGAUGUUGGGUAUCUUGUACCAGGCAAUGCGUGCAUAUACCUUGGUGAUCUUACAGAAAUGCGCAGGAAGCGACAAGCCAAUCAAAGACGAAGAAAUCGUCUCGUGGGUCAACGAGAAGCUGCAACAAGCCGGGAAAGAAAGCAGAAUAACCUGUUUUAAGGAUUCCAGUAUUUCAACAAGUGGAUGUGUGUUUGAUUUGAUCGACGCUAUAAAACCGGGUUUCAUUCACUACAAUAUGGUUACCAAAGGAGACACAGAAGAAGACAAGCUGUCUAAUGCCAAGUAUGCUAUCUCAAUGUCUCGGAAAAUUGGUGCCAAAUUAUACGCGCUGCCUGAAGACCUGGUAGAGGUGAAGACAAAAAUGGUGCUGACUGUGUUUGCUUGUAUGAUGGCUGUAGAUCACGCACUCUCGGCUGCUAAGCCAUAAGGACUGUUACUUACAGAAAUAAAAGUGUUGGACGUUUCUCUAAGUUAUUUAAUAUCACACGUGUUUUUCUUACUGCCAACCAAUGACUGUACACAUCGCCACAUUAAAUCAGGAGCUAGGAUACUUUUAAACGGCGCAAAAUCAGUUAUAACAGAGUUAAGUUCUUCUUGUGCGAGUUGAGCUAACAAAUCGUU